AUAUCAUGGCAAGUGCGAGCCAUGUGAUGUGAGCUGCUACCGUAGCUAGCUAGCUAGCCAUCGGGCGGAAGCAACCAUCCCAUUUCGACACCCGCGGCGGGCACGAGGCGGAACAUUCCAAGGUUUCCAGGCUCCGACAAGAGGAAGAAGCGCGGGCUGUUCUGCUGUAGAUCCAGGGAUGCAGGCACCCGCCGGGAGAACGUGGUCGCCCAUGGCGACGGAGGUCAACCCCUACGCGAUGCCGGCGCCGGCGCAGAAGAGCACCAAGGAGACGGUGAAGAACGCGCUGUCGCUGUGGGGGCGGAAGGUCGGCGAGGCGACCCGGAAGGCCGAGGACCUGUCGCGCAACACAUGGCAGCACCUUCGGACGGCGCCUAGCAUCACGGAGGCGGCCGUGGGGAGGAUCGCGCAGGGGACCAAGGUCCUGGCGGAGGGCGGCCACGACAGGAUCUUCCGGCAGGCCUUCAGCGCCCCGCCGGACGAGCAGCUCCGCAAGUCCUAUGCCUGCUACCUCUCCACGUCCGCCGGCCCGGUCAUGGGGGUCAUGUACCUCUCCACCGCCCGGGUCGCCUUCUGCAGCGACAACCCGCUCUCCUACGAAGCCGGCGGAGGCGGCGACAACACGGAAUGGAGCUACUACAAGGUGGCGAUUCCUCUGCACCGGCUGAGGGCGGCGAUCCCGUCGGCCAGCAAGCUGAAGCCGGCGGAGAAGUUCAUCCAGCUCGUGUCGGUGGAGAACCACGAGUUCUGGCUCAUGGGGUUCGUCAACUACAGCGGCGCCGUCGUGCACUUGCAAGAAGCUCUCAGCGGCUUCCACAACCUGCAGGCGUGACGACGACCACCACCAUCGCGCCUGCGGUCUGUGGUAAUGGUGCUUUCGCCAAUCGUCCGGCGUGGGAGUGUUUCUGCAGUUCCUACUGUUUUCGUGUUUGGCGUUGCAGAGCAGCCGAGUAAUUGCAGCAUGCUGUUUACUGAGAGCAUUCACAGGAUCAUGUCAAUAUUAUUAUUUUGCGGGGAAGAUCUUGACAAUAUUGAUGCGAGUACUUUUUUUUUAAA